AUGAAGUUUACUACUCUCGCUCUCGCUGCUCUCUCUUUGGCCGCCACCGAGGUCAUUGCUCACCCUGAGAAGCUGACCAAGGAGAACGCAAAGAAAGAGGCAGCUCUUGCUGGUCGUUCAACCAACAAGUGCGCUGCUGCAAUCGAGAAGCGCAAGGCUGAAAUCAUUGCCAAGCGCUCUCAGCGCCUCUAUGAGCGCCGCGUCGAGAAUGGCGACAUUCUUCCAAACGUCCACGGCAUGUCUAAGCGCAACACCCUACAAUACACCAGCAUCCAGAACAACACCUGUCUCCUGGCCCCCGAAACUAUUUUUAUCCCUACGGCGUGGACGGCGAGAAUCAUUGAUGUCGAGACCUGCGAGCCGCUCGAGGGUGCCUCGGCCUCUAUCUGGGCCUGCAAUGCGACUGGCUCAUAUGCUUCCUUCACUGGCAUUGACCCCGACACCUCUGAGUUGCUUGAUGGCUGGAGCAAGCGAUCUGAUGGCACUACCGACGAUGAGACUUUCCUCCGCGGCAUUCAAGUCUCCGAUGAGGCUGGUAUGAUCGAGUUUCUUACCAAGUUUCCCGGCUACUACACUUCUCGCUCUACCCACAUCCACGUGGCUGUUCAAGCCAACGCCUCCGACGGUGUUGGUUUCAGCCAGAGCGCACUUCAGCACGUCGGACAGCUCUUCUUCGAGGAAGACCUCCUUUCCCAGGUCUACGCCGUUAGCCCCUACUCCGCCCACCUCGAGACCUUGAACCGCACCACCAAUGCCGAGGACUCUGUCCUGUCCAGCGCUAGCGAGGACGGCUAUAGCCCCUUCAUCAGCGUCUCUCUUCUUGGAGACACCGUUGAGGACGGUCUCGUUGGCUACAUCACCAUCGGUGUCAACUCUACCGGUGACAGCAUCGCUACCACUGGCACCGAUGUGAACCCUCAAGGCUGGAUCCCCACUGUUUCUGUGGGAACAGAAAAGAUGGCGCAGGCUACUGCCGCUGACCGUGCUGCCGGUUACACUUCUUAA